AUGAAUUAUGCGUAUAAGGCUAAAAGACAGCGUAAAGAUCCUCUGUGUGCAACAGUGAGCAUACAACUACAACCUUCUUCUGCAGAUGUAAGUGAAGAUGAGGUCCGAAGCGUUUUCUCGGCCUUCGGAGAUAUUCUGCAAAUUCGUAAGGAAAGCGAUAAGAUAUAUGUGGUUAAAUACUAUGAUUUAAGAUCUCCUGUAAAGGCAAUCGAAUGCAAGGAUCCGAUUAUCUUAGGUGGAGAGCCUUGCAAAGUCGAAUUGAAGCCAGGAGAAGAUGAUGGACUCGAGCAGGAAGAGCCAGAGCCCAUACAUUUUAAUAACAAACGUUCUGAUUCGCGUGAUAAUUUUAAACGUAAUCAUGACCGUGAUAACAGAGGAAAUGGAAGAAGGAAUGAUCAUAACAAUCGUUAUAAUCAACCUCCAUCUCAACAACAACCUCAAUACGGACAAUAUCAACAAUAUCCUCCUCAAUAUCCACCGAAUGUACCUUACUACCAGCCACCACCGUACGGAUACCCACAGUACCCUGGAUAUCCGCAACCUCCGUACGGCCAGCAGCCUCCUCCGCCCGCUUACGGACAACAGAACCCUCCUCCACCUCAAAAUCAUUACGGAGCGCCCCCAACCUACCCACCACCAUACGGACAAGCACCUCCUCCACCUCCUGGUCAGCCGUACGGACAACCUCCGCCUGGUUAUAUGCCUCCUCCGCCAGCUCCAGUUCCUAAUCAGCCACCACCUGGUUACAAACCACCACCACCACCAAUGGCUCCAAUUCCACCACAGAAUCCACCUCCUCCACCACCUCCUCAGCCUCAAUCUGCAAUUAAUAAUCAAAAUUCACAGAGGAAGAAUCUUCAAGCAUUAUCAAUGCUUUUAUCAUCUUCUAAAUAA